AUGACCGGCGAGAGGACAUUGGGUGUGAUCACUAAGGCUGAUCAAGCUCCUGAAGGUUUGCUUGAGAAGGUGAUUAGUGAUGAUGUGAACAUUGGACUUGGUUAUGUCUGUGUAAGGAAUCGAGUUGGAGAACAAGAAUCAUACGAGGAAGCAAGAAGGGAAGAGAUGAGAUUGUUUGAAUCUCAUCCCCUGCUUUCUAAAAUCGACAAAUCCAUUGUCGGCAUCUCUAUUUUAGCUCAGAAGCUUGUGCAUAUCCAAGCAAUUAGUCUCUCGAAAUGCUUGCCAGACAUAGUGAGGAAGAUCAAUGACAAGCUCUGUUUCAGUUAUUCUGAGCUGAACAAAUUGCCCAAACACCUAUUCAAUAUAACAGAAGCAUUCACUGCUUUAAUGAAGGUUAUUGGUUCUACAAAAGAAUCUCUGAAGAAAAUACUCAUCAGGGUAGAGUUUGAUGAGUACCCAGAUGAGAAGGAAAUGCAUUGUACAGCUCGAAUAUCUGAUAUGCUCAAUGAGUACUCACAAGAACUUGAUCACAGGUCGAGGGACUCUGUUACCAAGUUCUUAAUGGAAGAAAUUAAGGUCUUAGAGGAGGCCAACGGGAUUCAACUUUCAAAUUUCCUCCCUCGAACCGCCUUUCUCGCCAUAUUACAGAGCAAAAUCAAGAAGAUAGUGUAUAUUCCAGUUGAAUUCGUUGAGAAGGUCUGGAUUUAUGUAGAAACUCUGGUUGUUCGUGUCUUGACAUUCCAUUCUAAGAGUUACCCACAACUUCAAUCUCGUACCAGACGAGUGGCACAUGAUCUGAUUUCAAAGACAAAGGAUCAAUCUGUUGAUCGAGUGAUGGAGAUGGUGGAGAUGGAGAAGCUAACAGAUUAUACAUGUAACCCACAAUACAUGUCAAAAUGGAGCAAGCUGGCACACCGACCGUUCUUUAUGCAGAAUUUUAAAUCGAAUAGUAAGUUGAGAUUGGUGGAUAACAUGGCUCUUCAUCUUGUGUUCAGUGUGCAGAAUCUAUUGAACAGAGAGAUGGAGAGGAUAGUGAGUGCACUAAUGGGACCCUGUGGUGGUGGCAUUGAACGGUUGCUGGAGGUCUCCUUCUAUUGCCACCAAGCGUGA